GUGAGAGUGAGGUGCGUUUCUCGUGUCUCUGUGGGCGGGUUUCAAGCUUUCGUACCCGAGCGGAUAGUGUCACCUUCAGUGCGCUUUACGCGGUGACUGGAAGAAGGGCUGCUGACGGAUGUAUACCUCCUUCUUCUUCUACGUGAAUUUAAGUACUGAUAGUAUUCGUUUUUAAAUAUAUAUAGGCUAUAUAUUUUUUUCUUUUGUUUUGUUAUUAUCCGCAAAGGGAAAACGUUUGUCGGUGCAAGAAGGUGGACGCGUUUUGGUUUUAUUGCAAUCUUGACACCCAGCGGUCUCUGUGGAGCAGCACAAGGCUGGUGUGAAGCUAUAAAUAUCUGGGAUAGAUUUAUCUAUGAUCGGGGAAAUGCAGCGUUGUCCCCGACCAGUGUUUUAAAUGGGGAUGCUGGCGCGAGCCGCACCGCUGGAACCACGCAGAUGUGGAACGAUCUCCAUGCCUGCAGAAGGUGACCACUGAGCAGUACGGUGCCAUCACGACAUUCAGGCUUUCAGUCUCUCCAUAUUGUCAUGUUGGGUCUGGACUCUGCCGGCAAAACCACGGUGCUGUACCGCUUGAAAUUUAAUGAGUUCGUCAACACUGUACCCACAAUCGGCUUCAACACAGAAAAGAUCAAGCUGAGCAACUGCAGCGCCAAGGGCAUCAGCUGUCACUUCUGGGACGUGGGGGGGCAGGAGAAGCUGCGGCCCCUCUGGAAGUCCUACAGCCGCUGCACAGACGGCAUCAUCUAUGUGGUGGACUCGGUGGACGUAGACAGGCUGGAGGAGGCCAAGACCGAGCUGCACAAAGUCACCAAAUUCGCGGAGAACCAAGGAACCCCACUGCUGGUGAUCGCCAACAAGCAGGACCUGCCCAGAUCGCUUCCGGUGGCCGACAUCGAGAAGCAGCUGGCGCUCCAUGAACUCACACCGGCCACUACCUAUCACGUCCAACCGGCCUGUGCCAUCAUCGGGGAGGGUCUAUACGAGGGCAUGGACAAACUAUACGAAAUGAUUGUUAAACGGAGAAAAUCGCUAAAACAGAAAAAGAAACGAUAGCGAAACGCAGAGGAUUUGCGUUUUAGAGUUGUUUUUGCGGUGUCUCAUUGGUGCCGCUGAAACGCAACCUAUUUGGAAGGGAUUUCUGUUUCCUUUGGGGUUGAAGUUCAAGGAACCUGUUGUGAAGCUUCCGAGCAAUAUGUAUUGCACGUAUUGUUAUACUAAAACGGGUGCUGGAUUGUUUUAACCAAAACUUGCGCUGAUUUAGGAGCAAAAUCAGAAGUUUAAGAACUGGCUGGUUCCAGUUUUUGCUGCUUCUUCGUGGAUUUUAAAUGUAGCUUGACAAUUUUAUCUCGACACAAAGCACUGUGACUACCGCUGGAAGUGUAUUGAGUUGCUGAUCCUUUGAACUAAAUGCAUUUAUUGCAACGACUUUGCACGCAAUGUGGAUGCACGUCAUGCAUACCGAAGUCGACUUUGUCAAUUGAAAUGUUUUAUUUUUAGUUUUACAGUAAUAAAUCGGAAGUUAAAAACCGGCACUUGUUCCAGGUAAUAGGGUAGAAGAUUCUGCGCAAUUAUGAGAUGGGUUCACCUUGGCUAUAAUAUGGUGUCAGUAUGGACAUUAACAUAAGAGUGUAGUUUGGUAUAGUGCGUACUCACCAGAAAGACGGCUUGCCUGUAGUGUUAUAGGUAACAAUUGCAAACGACAUUUUUAAAACAAAAUAUAUAAAGCUAUGACACUGUAUAGUAACGCAAGACUGUUGAUGUACAGUAGAAGCCAAAACAAUUCUGAAGUAUUUUUGAUUAAAAAUUAUUCAAAUGAACUGCA